AGUCAAUGAAGCAUACUGAUGCGGAUGGGCGCUCUGAAAUAUACGAAACAUCAUCACCAUUUAGCCCGGGAGAAAGCGCUGGUGGGUGAUCAUUUUUUGCUCUGCACCGUGCGUGCAUUUUGAACGGGGGAUUUGAGCAUUUCAUCGCCGCGGAGAACUUCGGGAAAUGUUCAUGUCUGGCUACAUUGUAACUGCUGCGCCUUAUAUAAAAGAUUAUCCCGGAGACGACGCAAGUCUUGAUGGACUAGCUGGGACUAUAAGGAUUGUGUGAAUAUCUGCAUUUCACGAUCGCUUUAGCCUACAGAAAUACAUAACCGACAGCAUUUCUACAGCAUAAAAAAAGGGCAGUGCAGCCUGGGAGUAGCGAUUCACCCGUCAUGCCUGUUGCCGUGGCAGCAGCAGCGAGACAGGAAGUGUGUGUGUGAGCCUGACCAGUCCGGUGGGCUGCGCGGGGAUGAACAUGCCAUUGCACCAGAUCUCUGUCAUCCCCCGUGAUGUCACUUCCUCCCGGGUCAGCGGCAGCGGAAAGUCCAAGGACAAACAGAAUGAGAAGCCCCUGGGUCGUUCUGCCAGCAGGUCCAGCAAUAUUUCCAAGGUGGGGAGUCCCACCUCCGUCAACGCCCCCUGCAGCUUUUCACGGACAUCGGUCACCCCCUCCAACCAGGACAUCUGCAGCCUUACCGCCACAUCUCCAGACCAGGGCUCCCAGAAGUCUUUGCAGACCGCCGUGGUUCUGAUGAACUCCAACGGCAAAACCUCUCAGGGGUCAGGAGGGGGCAUCUCCGUGACAACACUCUGCCUGGACGCCCCCCCAGCCUUCAAGCCCCACAAAGGCCGGGGCGGGCUCUCCUUCGGGACAGAAUGGCUCUCGUUGCUCCGCCCCUCCACCGUCAACGGGACACUGAAGUUCUCUCACUCUCUGAACGAUGUGGGCCAGCGCAUGGACAGCCUCUGUAGCGGACUGCACUUCAUAGACCGGACCUGUUCUGAAGGAGAGCUGGAUGUAAAACCUAAACAACCCAACACGGACCAGAAGUCCAAGACGCUCAACGGCAAAGCAGCCACACUCCCACACCAGGCCUCGAACCAUCCUCCCUUCCCCACGCACACACUCACCCACACACACCCUCACCUCGUUCCCUCGUUCACCAACAACUACAAAUACCUCACCCACGAACACUGCCUCCAACCUUAUUCUUCUGGCGUCCCUCCUCCUCCUCCUCCACCUCCUAACUCCCACCUCCACCCGCCCAGCUCCAAACUCCUCCGCCUCUUGCUCCCCUUCUCUCGCUCCUCUACCUCGGCCAGUCUGCAGUGUUCUGAGCUGGGUAGCUACGCCUCCCGCCUCCACAUCACCAAAUCCUCCAGCGCCCUGAUGGGAGGCAGUGAGCCUCCACUGGGGGGAACAGAGGGCCUCCUGGAGGAUGACGAGGUGUUUGAGAUCCCCCAGGGAAGGACUGGAACUUGGACAGGGGCUGGAGCCCCAGGAAGUGGUGCCGGAUGCGGGGAAGCGGGUCUGCUCGGGGCAGCCCCCCUUUGCUACAUGGACGAAGACAGCGAUCUGGACCGUUUUUCGUUUCUGGACCGGUGUUCGUCACCUGCCCACUCUGACAAAACGGGGCCGCUCACGCCAGGCCCGCUCUCGCCCUAUUCGCUGUCCGGAGACUGCUGCAGGAUCUGUCACUGUGAAGGAGAUGAUGACAGCCCGCUGAUAACACCGUGCCACUGUACGGGCAGCCUGCGCUUCGUCCACCAGGCGUGCCUGCAGCAGUGGAUCAAGUCCUCGGACACACGCUGCUGUGAACUCUGCAAGUACGAGUUCAUCAUGGAGACCAAGCUCAAACCCCUGCGCAAGUGGGAGAAGCUCCAGAUGACGUCUAGUGAGAGGAGGAAGAUCAUGUGUUCUGUGACGUUCCAUGUCAUCGCCAUAACCUGCGUGGUGUGGUCCCUCUACGUGCUGAUCGACCGCACUGCAGAUGAGAUCAGAGCAGCCGGAAGAAUCCCAGGUAUCCUGGAGUGGCCAUUCUGGACCAAGCUGGUGGUGGUGGCCAUCGGCUUCACGGGCGGCCUGGUCUUCAUGUACGUCCAGUGUAAAGUCUACAUCCAGCUGUGGCGGAGACUCAAGGCCUACAACCGGGUGAUCUAUGUCCAGAACCGCCCGGAGACGUGUAAAAAGCAGGUGUUCGAGAAGCUGCCCCUCAUGGAGCCCAGUUUGGAGCACAAGGAGGCUCUGGCCCCCACCCAGUCUGACACAAACUCCUCCCAGUACACAGAGGAUUACAGUAUGGAAGUGCUACAUGUCUGACCAACAUAUUACUGAUGUGCACACACCAUUUGACUGACAUAUACUGAUACACAGGCACACUGUGUCUGACCGACAUUUACACACGCACAGGGACACAUCAUGUCUGACCAACAUACAAACACACACACACACACGAGCACACAGAGUAAAAAACACAAAACACACAGACAUACAUAAGAUUAUAAUAUGGUGGUUCUACUGAGGUGUGACCACCCACCACCACCCUGCCCCCACCAUCCCCACACAGUCUGAGACAGUAUGGACCAGUCCCCUCCCCUCUCCCAGGACUAGACCUCCUUCACUGGGGCCCCGAAGAGCCCAUAGACCCCUCUAUAUACACACAUCUCUGGGGGAACAGGACUGAAACAGAUGAACUCAUUCGGCUCCAGAGGUUUCAGUGUUUCUGUUGAGCUGUUUGUUGCUUUGUUUGUUUGGUUUAUUUGUUUUACUUCCUGUGAAUCAUGAGCUAAACCAUCAUGGAUCAGUGUGUAGCGCCACCGUAUCUCUGGAAUAUUCUAGAACAUUCUGGAACAUUGAACAUUCCAACUACUGCCACCGUACUGCUUUCGUCCGAGAGCCCGCUAAGGCCCGCUCCCCGCCUCUCUGAGUUUGGGUCUGUACUGGUUUGGACUGGAUCUGACUGGAUUGUACUGAAUCUGACCAUGCAUUGAAGCACUUUUUGGUUCCUACCAACACUCCUCUCAACCCUCUUCUCUUUUAAUAUGAAUAAAUUACUUUAUAGUAUAUCCCAGCAAGCAGGGGACGUCCUAAGCAACGUUGCCAUUAGGUCCCUUUUAGGGUUUUGGCGUUCUGAGAACGUUCCACUGGCGUUCUGAGAACGUUCUAGGAAUAUUAAAAAUAUGACAUGAACCUCUGGACGAUAAGGGGACGUUCAGAACAGAGCCCAGUUUGGUUGUAGUAUAACGUUAUAAUAAGGUAAUUUGAUAUCCACUAGGGAACUUUACAAAUAGGUUCCUAUUUGGUUCUGAUUACCGGGAAGUAGACAAAACCUCCACAGGACCAUGACACAACGUUCUGACGACUUUAGGAUACCAUUUCCUGACGUUCCGGGGACGUCCUAAAGACACAUUUUUGUUUACAAGGAUAAGUGUAGGAAAUUAUACAGCAAGAAAUAGGACGAUUUGUGAAAAAAUCCCUUGUUUUAUAUUUGACAUUUCUGUCCCACACACAUACCUGCCCUCCCUUGGAUGGAAAUCGAGGAAAGCAAUGAAUGAUGGAGGGGGAAUGGAAUUCUGUCGAAAUGAUCAUUGCACUUUUCACUUAACACUGAAAGUAAUGCUAAAUAUGGCCUACUGGUUAUUCAAGCCCUGUGGUUUUUGAUACAACCAAAACACAAUGUUGGGAUAACAUCAGAUCCAGCCAUCCACCUGACAUUACCUCCCUCUACCAUAAGAACUCUCUGAAGGCUCUGAGAAUGUAACAUUUUUAAAAGCAUUUUCUACAAACCAUUCCAUCACAGGAAAUUGCUAGAUAAUCUCCCAUGUCAGUCAGCAUCAUAACAUGACCUUUGGAAAAACCAACCAAUCUGUCAUGUUUUUUCUAUUGUGCGAAUGACACAGUACUUGUGGUAUUCCAUGUGCAGUUUUUAAUAAUAAUAAUCUGUUGUUACUUAUGUUUGUGUAAUCAUGGGUUCUAUGAUGCCUUGAGGAAGCUACAGCCUGCUAUAUUUAGACUGUUCUCUUCUCAUCCUCCUCCCCAGGCCUAUUGACUUCUCUGAUCAAACUAAUAAUGAUAAUGCAGAUGGGAUGAUUAAAAUCCUCAUUUACAUAAGAUUAUAUUAAUUUGAUCACUGGCUGUUUAUUUUCAUCCAAUGAUAUACAGAGGCAGUAAGAGAUAGGAGACAGGGCCUGUUAUCAUUAUUAUGAGAGGCCCUGUGAGACAAUACUGAGCCUAUUUUUACUAUGGUGAUCUUGGGUGGGUUAUACUGUAGCAUGUCUUUUUGGUUUAGUUUUACACAUACAGUCAGUCAGUGAGACUCAGGUGAGCGAGAGACAAACACCUGAUACGGAGACCCGCGACAGAACAUACAUUUUUCAGUCGAGCUAAAUUCUCUGUUGCACAGUCAGACAGCCUCCCGUUUCCAACCACGAUAACUCUGAUGUGUUACGUUACAACGAUCAGUCCCUUACCCACCUGUUGUUUCACAAAUUAUUAUUAUGUAAAAUAAAAAUAAAAAUAAAUAAAAAACGUUA